AUGCCGGAGUCUGCAGCCAAUGAGAAGAUGGCGGUCCCCGCACCGCUACCCAUCCAUCACAGAAAUGCAGCGGCUGAUCUUAGGAAGAUGCGUCGGAUCAUCACAGAGGACUACAGCUGGUCCCUGGCUAUCGUCCCACUGCUCACCGACCUCUGUCUGCAGCACAUCGUCAAGAACUUUGAGCAUAAACCUAUUCUGGAUAAGUUGCUCCCGAAGCACAGGGUCAAAGUCUUGGACACUCUCUCCACCUCACUACCCCUUCAGGUGACGGCAAACCUGAUCAGUUAUGAAGAAUACUGGAGACGGUGCUGUGCUGAACAUUGGCCUAUCUGUGACGUCUCCCGCUAUGGCUCCAGCUGGAAGAGGUUAUUCUUCGAGAGACACCUGGAGAACCUCAUCGAACGAUUCAUACCUGAUGUGACUGAGAUACGGACCAUCUGUGAGGCUGCGGAGCUCAGCAAGGAGUAUGUGAAAAGGUUGGACAUCCAGCAGCUUCUGCCACCGGUGAAGGUAGAGAUGAAGAAGGAAGAGGAGGUCGAUGAGGUCUCUGAUGAAGGAAGUGAGGUCGGUGGUGACCUGCCAUCCAUGGACCACUUUGAUUUUAACCUUAUAGCCAAUUCACUCUGUGGUCUAGAGGAACUGCACCUUGUCUAUGGGGUUAAAGGUUGCGGCAUGAACUUUGAGUGGAACCUCUUUAGGUUCACAGAGCGGGACUGCGGUCUGCUGGCUGACACCUUCAAGACAUUCAGAAACCUGAAGGUCUUCAGGCUGCACAGGAGUAAAGUGGAUGAUGACAAGGCCCGUGUCCUGAUCAGGAGUUUACUAGAUCAUCCAUCUUUGGUUCACCUUGACCUGUCACACAACCAGAUCUCAGACCGCGGAGCCCGUGCUGUAGGCAAACUGUUGAACCAGAGCCAGCUUCAGAUUCUCAACCUGUGCAAUAACAACGUGGGGCCGCAUGGAGCCAAGGCCAUUGCUCACGCAUUGUCCAAAAACUGCACUCUCAAUACACUGAAUCUACGACUGAACCACAUCGGGGAUGAGGGCGGACAGGCGCUCUCUAACGCUCUGCUGAAAAACAGCACCCUGGUAACUCUGUAUCUGGGGGGAGCAACGAGCUGUCUGAACCCACAGCGACUGUCCUGGCACAGGUCCUCACCCAGAACAUGACACUAAAGAGCAUCAGCCUCUCCAGCAACCGCAUUGGCCUGGAUGGUGGGAAGCAGCUGCUGGAAGGGAUGUCGGAGAACAAAACCCUGCUGGAGUUCGAUCUGCGGCUGACUGAUGUGGGACAGGAGAGUGAAUUCUUCAUAAACCAGGUCCUGAGAAGUAAUCAAGAGCGGGCCCGACUACAGAGCCAACCAAAACCAACACCAAGCAAAACCCACAUGCACUAA